AUUGUCUUGUUCUUGCAGUGUGUAAUUUCAACGCAGUAUCAAUUUCCGCUACCCAUCGGUUUGCCAAAAGCCCCUGUGAUAUUUUUAAUUCCGAAUACUUGGUUAAAUUGCCUGCGAGGCUAAGCACAGAGACACACGAAGGGCAACGAGCCAAGGAAGGUUCAACACUUCAACAUCGUAAGAGCAAUGGCCCUGUUCGGUCAUACGCUCGUUGCAGUUCUUUUCUGCCUCGCACUUUGCCAUGCGGAGACCAAGCGCAAGGCCGCUGACACGACAGACACCGAAAACGAAUUAGACGCUUCUCCAAAUGUGAACAACGACGACGACAACGACAUCAAGAGAAUGCCGACUGAUACGAAAAGACAGGCUGGUGCACCAGGCCUCUGGGGUAAAAGAGACGCUGGGCCACCAGGCCUCUGGGGAAAGAGAGACGCUGGACCACCAGGCCUCUGUAGAAAAAGAUCCCCUAAGCCACCAGGCCUCUGGGGAAAACGUCAAGCUGGUGCGCCAGGCCUCUGGGGUAAAAGAUCUGCUGGGCCACCAGGCCUCUGGGGAAAGAGAGACGCAGGGCCACCAGGCCUAUGGGGGAAAAGAGUUGCUGGUCCUCCAGGACUAUGGGGAAAGCGUCAAGCAGGAGCUCCCGGUCUAUGGGGUAGAGAAGCCGGCGCACCCGGACUAUGGGGUAAGAGGCAAGCUGGAGCUCCCGGACUAUGGGGUAAAAGAGAGGCUGGGGCCCCUGGACUAUGGGGUAGAGAAGCCAACGCACCGGGAUUAUGGGGGAAAAGGCGAGCUGGAGCUCCUGGACUAUGGGGUAAGAGAGAAGCCAACGCACCCGGACUAUGGGGGAAGAGGCAAGCUGGGCCCCCCGGACUAUGGGGCAAAAGAGAAGCCAACGCACCCGGGCUAUGGGGGAAGAGGCAAGCUGGGCCCCCGGGACUAUGGGGCAAAAGAGAAGCCAACGCACCCGGACUAUGGGGGAAGAGGCAAGCUGGGCCCCCGGGGCUAUGGGGCAAAAGAGACGAAGACGAAGACGAAGAUAUGGAUGAAACCAAUGGGGAUCCACUUUGGGGCAGGUCAGCUGACGCCGGUCCUCCAGGUCUAUGGGGCAGAAAGAAGCGAGCAGCUUCCCCUCAAAGGGAUCUUUAUGGAAUAGGGCUAUGGGGGAGGAAUGCUGCUCUCAUGACCGCCGAGGAACUCGACUUAAGCUUCAAGAAUGAAGAGCAAUCCUGACGCUACGAACAAUGAGAACGUUAUUACUAUUAUUGUUAUUAUUGACCCUGAAAUAAUUCCAGUUAUCCCGGUAGCAUGGCUUGUGAUCUGUAUUAUAGAAAAUUUUAUGAAUUUGGACGACCCGUAGAGAUACCGCAAACUGCUGUUAGGGUCCGGUUUUAAAUAGCGGCGUUACGAUGAAUUUUUAGGCUAUACUGUCCUACCUUUUGAACCGCAGAGAAUGAAUAAAGCUUCAAGAAGCUUAAA